UGACUGGGAUCCCAUGCACUCACGCCAUCGCAACAAUCAACAAGAAUGGGAAGGAUGUAGCAGACUAUAUAUCCCGCUACUAUUUACGGUCCACUAUGACGCUUCUGUACGAGAAUGUCCUCUACCCAAUCAAUGGGAUGGGUAAUUGGCCGAAGUCUUCAGAUGUUGGAUUUGAACUGGCACCCCCGAGGACAAAGCGACAACGUGGACGGCCAAAGAAACUGAGGCGUGAAGAACCCCAGGUUCGUCAACAUGCGAAUGGAUCAGAGUCUCUGAGACAAAUCUAUGUAGUCAGGUGUCGUCGGUGCGGACAAGAUGGGCAUAACCGAAGAACAUGCACUAAUGAUCCCCGCGUAGAUGCCCGAACCGAGGUUGGCCAGAGUUCACAGCCCAGUGAGACCAAUACGCCAACCACGACGGACGGCGGUGACAGGCCUGCGGCGUCCAACCUGGAGACCAAUACGACUGUUCCAAGGCCUAGCACACGCCGGACCAGGACACAACCGCAGCGCUGUGGCCGUCGAGGGGAUCGGGAUUGAAUACGCGAUCUUGUCUAGUUUGGGAACCUUAAAAUGGGAG